CUUUUUUUAGUGGCUGACAAGGGUAGCGGCGGUCACAUGACAGACCGAGUCCGACGAAGCAACAUGGCUGCGUCCGAGGGGCCGUCUUUUUGGCUGGGGAACGAAACCUUGAAGGUUCCAGCAGCGCUCUUUGCCCUGAACAGAACUCGCUUGUGCGAGCGGCUGAGAUCAAACAAGGAUGUGCCAAAGAAAUCCAUUGUCCUCCUGCAAGGCGGGGAGCAGACCAACAGAUAUUGCACUGACACAGGCGUUCUGUUUCGCCAGGAAUCCUACUUCCACUGGACUUUUGGAGUGACUGAGGCAGACUGCUACGGAGCAGUUGAGGUUGACAGUGGAAACUCCAUCCUCUUCAUCCCGAGACUCCCCGACAGCUACGCAGUUUGGAUGGGAAAGAUCCAGCCUCCUGAAUUCUUCAGGCAGAAGUAUGCUGUCAAUGAAGUUCGGUAUACAGAUGAGAUUUCCAGUGUUCUGGCUUCAAAGAACCCUUCAGUUCUUCUUACUCUGAGAGGCGUUAACACUGACAGCGGAAGUGUCACCAGGGAAGCUUCGUUUGAAGGAAUCAGCCAAUUUGUGGUUAACAACGCAGUUCUUCAUCCGGAAAUUGCUGAAUGCCGUGUGAUUAAGACGGACAUGGAGUUGGAAGUCCUGCGCUAUACCAAUAAAAUUUCCAGUGAAGCUCAUAAAGAGGUAAUGAAGGCCGUCAAAAUAGGCAUGAAGGAAUAUGAGCUGGAGAGCCUGUUUCAGCACUACUGCUACAAACGCGGCGGCAUGCGACACACUUCCUACACCUGCAUCUGUGGCAGUGGGCAUAAUAGCUCUGUUCUGCACUACGGACAUGCUGGCGCUCCAAAUGAGAAAACCAUUGAAGAUGGAGACUUGUGCCUCUUUGACAUGGGAGGCGAGUACUAUUGCUAUGGCUCAGACAUCACCUGCACGUUUCCAGCAAAUGGGAAGUUCACCCCUGACCAGCGGGCGAUCUACGAAGCUGUGCUGAAGUCAAACCGGGCUGUGCUAAGCGCCGUCAAGCCAGGAGUCUCCUGGCCUGACAUGCACCGUCUGGCCGACCGAAUCCAUCUGGAAGAGCUCACAAAAAUUGGCAUCCUCCGAGGCAACGUUGAUGACAUGGUGAAGGUUCAUCUGGGCGCGUUAUUUAUGCCCCACGGGCUUGGACACCUCCUUGGGAUCGACGUGCAUGAUGUGGGAGGCUACCCAGAGGGUGUGGAACGCAUUGACCUUCCAGGGCUGCGGAGCCUGCGAACUGCCCGCCUCCUUGUCCAAGGCAUGGUGCUGACGGUGGAGCCUGGCAUCUACUUCAUCGACCACCUCUUGGACCAGGCCCUGGCUGACCCUGCCCAGGCUUGCUUCAUCAAUAACGAAGUUCUGUCACGCUUUCGGGGUUUUGGAGGGGUACGAAUUGAGGACGACAUUGCUGUGACAGCUAAUGGGAUGGAGCUGCUGACCUGCGUCCCCCGGACUGUGGAGGAGAUUGAAUCAUUUAUGGCUGAAGCUCAUGGGGUCACCAAAUCCUUUGCUUCCGCCUCUGUGUAACCGCUAGGAUAUUGGUUCCCCUCUUGCUGGCACUGCAGCAUCUAAGGAAAUGUGUCCAGUUUUGCAGGUGCUACAGUGGGGUAAAACAGCUACUUUAUGGCAAAGGGAAAAGCCUUUCAUCACGUGCCAAAUGAAAAAAUAUUGUAAGCGACAAUGCCUUAAGCUGAUCAUAGCCUUAGCCUAACCGUUUCUUGCUUCUCUGCAAGCAGUCCAACCCUACUGAUUCAAAGGAUCUUUUUGAAUGAUGGACAUAGCCCCUGCUUGAGAGACUUUGUAAUCUUAAACCUAAUUUUUAAACAGAUGACAAAUUUCUCUUCUGAUUUAAGGCAGAUCAUUAUACAGUGGUAUCUCUGGAUGCGAACGGGAUCCGUCCUGGAGCCCCGUUCGCAUCCUGAAAUGAACACAACCCGCGUCUGCGCGUUCGCA